AUGGAGAAAGUGGUCUGGGAAACGCUCGACGGGACCUCCGUUCUGAGGCCCAAGAUCAGCAAGAAGGAGAGCAAGUGCUUCUGGGUAUACCUCAAGUGUAUCAAUCACGUGCUGACCUGCUGCACGGACAAGAACUAUGUCAGUUUCAUGCCAGAGAAGAAAGACGUGCUGGAGCUGGGCACAGACUUGCUCAAGGUCGUGGACCAAGAGAAGACACAAGGAAAAGCUCUCAGCAUCAUCCUGCAGCAUACACGCAUCAGAGCAUGCCUGGACAACGACUGCAGCCACAUCAAAUGGAACGUGUUCAAAAACGCAUUGAAUCACACCUCCUUGGACAUGGUGGCAUUGAAGCUGACCAUUGUGUGCAACCACCGACAUGGCAGCUACAAUUCCGGAGACAAGCUUCUGUCCAGGAAACAGUGUCUUGAGAGAUAUCUUUCCUUCCAAGACGAGGGCUACUACGAGGAGCUCCAAGAUCCUGUGGCCUUCGACAGAGACAUCUCCGAAAUCUGUGCCCGCGACUUGCGCAUGGAUGCCGAGCAAUUCCUGGAAGAGGACUGUGUGCUGAAGCGUGGCGAGUUUGCUACCUGGAAGCAGUUUGGGCCGUGCUCUUGCGUUUGCAAGGCUCCUUGCUUGAAACCUUGUUUCAUGGUGCAGGUGAAAAACAAGUCGUGGUUCUCACUCCAGCGAGCACUCCGGCAGCUCGUUUCGGACUGGACGUUUGAAUACGAGGCCGUGAAGUCCAUGGUGCACUGUGGCGUCGACGACGAAGACAUAGACAUGGAGAAGCAGCAGGGCGAUGUGGACGAGAACGCCCCGAAGACCAAGCAAGAGCUCUACAAGUAUUUCUCCGGACGAGGUCCGAAUCGAAUGGUCCUGUCGUUCUUGGGUGACAGGAACUUGCAGGUGUGUGCCAUCAUCAUCCUGCACUUGAGUGAGCCCAUCGAAAAAGAGUACGCGCGAGAUCUGGACUGCAUGGCCGAAGGCCCGGAGGCACAGGCCAAAUGGGCCGCGGAGCGCGCCGCCGGGACGAGGUCGUGGUGGUGCACCGUCCAAGAGAUCGCUGAACGCACUCACAGCGCGAAGCUUUUGAAGCGGCUGCGCAUCACCGCGCUUCCAGAAGGAGCGCAACCGGCUGAUCCUGCAGCCGCUUGGGUGCAGGAGGAGUUGAAGCCUUUGCAGGUGGCCGUGAACCUCGGCUAUGAGCUCAGUGCACGCUACGUCUGGGCACAUUUGCCCUUCAUGUGCAACGUGCCCGAGAAUCUCGCAGUCUGGCUCCUGGAGGACGAUGCACACAGGACAGCAGCUGUGAAGUUUGUGAAACCUCUGCUGAAGGCUGUCUACGCUGCCGAAAUGCAAUGGAAGAAGCUUGCAGGAGAUGACAAUGGCCAGGAGAAGUCCCUGAGACUGAUGGAGGUUUUCAAGCACAUCGGCUGGGUUGACCACCAGCUGGCACGGGAAGUGCUCGCGCGCCUACUGCAGCAUGACUUCGACCUCGGAGGCAAAGGAGGCAUCCGCACGUUGGCUCGCCUCCUUUACGAGGGAAGCUCCACGACCAAGAACUGCUUGGAGGACGUUUUCUCCCAUCUUCAGAGGAUGGUUGCCAAUGCAACCAGCAACAAGAAGAUGAACGACUUCGCACGUUGGUUCUACGCGACCACGGCACGGUAUCCAGAGACAGGUGGCAUGAAGCAGGUCUUGCCAGAUAGGAAUGAUUGGGACGAGAGCAGGAUGCAUGAGAAGGUUGUGCGUGAAGGGAUGCAGCACCUCUUCCACAUGGGCACUACCCCCAUGCCAGAGCCAACGACGCCGGACUCCAUCCUGCUUCCGAAGCCGGAGAAGAUGCGGACAGUCCAGUGGAAGGCUGCGGGCCCAGAGUCGCAACAGCGAGGUGCUGCGGCAGCCCUCUACCUUCAGGAGGUUGGUGGUGAGAAGUUGGUUUGGCAGGGAGUUGUCUUUCUGUUCAAGAUCUCAUUCGGCUGUCUCUUUGCCAAGAAGGAAGUCUACUUGCACAAGCCCACAAACAGCUACGUGCUCUCGCUCGGUUUCAACAGCUACAUGGUGUUCCUACGAGUCCGCCCUGAGGGUCGUGAGCGACCCUGGUUCCUGUUCAACUACACCGUGAAGGACAGUGACAGUGAAAGUAUGCUGACGGCCGGUCUGCUUCGAGGCAUCAGGUUGACCAAGCUUCAGUUGCAGCUCAUCAUUCACGAGCUGGGCCUGCCGGAGAACAAGAACGUGAAGCGAGAUGAGUUGGUGGUGCAGCUUGUCGAGGCUGUGCUGCAGCAUGAGUCAGAGGAGACAAGGAAACGAGUCAUUGAGGCCAUGCGCACCAAGAGGGCAAGCCGCCAGAUGUCCAAGACGGCGGAAGAGGUCCUGGAAAUGUGCGAGCACCUGGAUGUGGAGAACCAGCGAGCGUUUUCCCAGAUGCAUCAGUGGGCCAAGGAGAAGUUGCACGAGAAGCUCAAAGCCCAAGGACGGUUCCAGCAGAAAAAGCAGCAGGAGCAGACCCGUGAGAAAAGUUUCGCAAAGCGAUUCUGGAAGGGACUCAAGACCAAGCAUGCGGCGCAGGGUGCAUCCAAGGGCAGUGGCAAGGGAAGCAAGGCAGGCGACGGACAGGCAGAAGCACCAGGGAACAGGCCGGAACCAGAGGGAGGAGCGCAUCGCGUGGGUGUGACGCCAACGACAUUGAAGGACUUGCUUCCCAAGCAGAACAAUCAUGGCUUCAUGGUGCCCUUUCGGAACGACGUGCCGCCGUACUUCUACCGUGUGCAGUACAAGAUCAGUGGCACCCCAGGUGCCCAAAGUUGCCAGCGUGGGUGGCCGACACGCCUUGUCGCCACGGAAAAGGAUGCACUCAAGCAUGUGCUCAGAUGGACAUAUGACAGGUGGAACCGCCACAACGAAUCAGACCGAUGUGAGAUGCCGACUGACGAUGAAAUCGACAAUUUCCUGCUCCACGUGUAUCUCGUCGGCACUCCGGCGAUGUUGAAAGGGCUCGGCGUCGCAGCAGAGCUGAGGCCGGAUGCUACGACCUACGUUCGCAUUCGUGGUCUGGUUGCCUGGGCAGCGCUCUGCCAAAGCGUGGCGCUGAGCGGCCUGUUGGCGGCGAAGGACAGCAUCACUCCCUUGAAGGUCGUGUCUUUGGCUGCUCUUUUAAACCUCUUGGGCGACUUUCUUCUCUGCGCCUGGCCUUGUCAUCUGGGCUUGGCAGGCGCAGCAGCGGCCACGGCCGCAUCCACCUUGGCAGGCUUCCUCCUGAUGCUCCGCGCUUUGAAGCGGAGUGGGAUGGCCCCAAAGCUGGGCAUCCCGAAGCCUGACGAGCUGACGCCGCUCUUGGAGUAUGCGCGCCCUCUGGCAGUUGUGAUCUCUUUUCGGUGUAUGAGCCUUACCUGGAUGGCAAAGACCGCAGGAACUAUGGGCACUGCAUCCAUCGCAGGCUACCAGGUUCUGGCGAAUGUGGUGGUCCUUUUUGGACUCUUCGGGGAGCCUCUGUCCCAGACUGCGCAGACCAUGCUGCCUAGUCUGCUGGAUGGUGGCCCCGAUCGGCAAGCGCAGGCCCGAACGCUGCUUCGCAACCUGGCAGGCUUAGCAAUCGCUGUAUGCGUCGCGGUUGGAGGUGCGGCCUUCCUUGCGCUGCAGAGAGCUGGUGGUAUCUUCAGCCGGGACCCACAGGUGCAGGAGAUUCUCCGCAGCACCAUCAUGGUGCCCAUCACCAUCAGCUCGCUAAUCUUAUCUCAGGCUUGCGAUGGCACCAUGCUGGCAGCGAAGGAGUUUCCGCUCGUCAUCAAGACGACGGUUCUGACAACGUCCCUCCAAGCGCUCAUCCUUUGCGGCGUGAACUUCUUCCACUGGGGGCUGGAAGUGGUCUUCCUAUCCUUGGCCGUGCGCUACUGGAUCUUCUUGGCGGUGAUGCUGACGAAGGCCCUCAGCGGAUCGGGUCCCCUUGGCCGCGCCUUGCGUGGCCGCGCCAGUCGCGGCGCGGAUGAGAAGCGAUGA